GCCACCAUGAGCUCAACACAAGCGUCGACGUCUGCACACACAACGGAUAAUAGGAGGAAAGAAGCCCUGAAAGGAUAUCGCGACAAAAUGCGGCAACAUGAGAACAGCAGCCAGCACCUAAAGAAUCUUCGUUUCUCGUUGAAGGACCUCGAAAGGGACUUUGAGAAGACCGAGGACGACAUCAAGGCCGUACAAUCCGUAGGCCAGAUCAUCGGGGAGGUCAUGAAGCAGUUGGACGACGAGCGAUUCAUCGUGAAGGCCUCGUCAGGUCCCCGCUACGUCGUCUCCUACCGUCCCACUCUCCCGGUCGCGAAGCUCAAGAUGGGCACACGCGUCAGCCUCGACAUGACCACCCUGACCAUCAUGCGCAUCCUCCCACGGGAAGUCGACCCACUUGUGUACAAGAUGAGUCUAGAGGACCCAGGAGGAGCGACUUUCGCAGGUAUCGGUGGUCUCGGAGAGCAGGUCCGCGAGUUGCGCGAGGUCAUCGAGCUCCCCCUCCUCAACCCCGAGCUCUUCGUUCGCGUGGGCAUCAAACCCCCCAAAGGCGUGCUCCUCUACGGUCCCCCGGGUACGGGCAAGACGCUGCUCGCGCGCGCGGUCGCCGCGACGCUCAACACGAACUUCCUCAAGGUCGUCUCGAGCGCGAUCGUCGACAAGUACAUCGGCGAGUCGGCGCGCGUCGUGCGCGAGAUGUUCGGGUACGCGCGCGAGCACGAGCCGUGCGUCAUCUUCAUGGACGAGAUCGACGCCAUCGGCGGGCGGCGCUUCUCGGAGGGGACGAGUGCGGACCGCGAGAUCCAGCGGACGCUCAUGGAGCUGCUGAACCAGAUGGACGGCUUCGACUCGCUGGGGCGGACAAAGCUCAUCAUGGCGACGAACCGGCCGGACACGCUCGACCCUGCGCUCCUCCGCCCGGGUCGUCUGGACAGGAAGAUCGAGAUCCCGCUCCCGAACGAGCAGGCGCGGCUUGAGAUUUUGAAGAUUCACUCGCAGCCGGUGAACAAGAGCGGGGAGAUCGACUACGAGGCGAUCGUCAAGCUGUCGGACGGCUUCAACGGCGCUGAUCUUCGCAAUGUCGUGACCGAGGCUGGCAUGUUCGCUAUCCGCGAUGACCGUGAAUACAUAAUCCAGGAGGAUCUCACGAAGGCUGCACGGAAAGUGGGCGAGGCUAAGAAGCAUGAGACCAAGCUCGAGUACUCUGCAUAGUAGGAGAUGUUGUUUGUAUCAUACCUUUCGCUGUGCAACAUGGAUGGGUGAUAUUCGAUAUCCGC